UUCUUCGUUCAUAGCAAUUGUACACGAUGUUAACACGAGAUAUGAUGCCGAUUCGUUAAGGCGAAAGAGGCAAAAGCUUAAUAACAGCUCAAGCUCCAUACUUUUCAAACAUGUAGCAGAAACUGAGAAGCAUGCUGGAAAUCAAGCAAUUAGUUUCAAUAUCGUCAAAGCUGAGCCAUCCGAGCGGAUAUCGCCAUUCGGCGGUGGUCUAGUCGCAAAUACAGGCGGUUUCAAUUUACAACCUAUGCGAUCGUCUCCGCAAGCACAAAGCAGUAUACAAACCUUAAGGCCUCAAAUAUCACCAAGACGAACACCAUCUCCUAUGGAAUACAGUACCUACAAUCCAUCUCUAAUACAACAGCAGUAUCAACCAAACAUUCAACCAAUAAUGCAACAAUCAAAUAUGUCGGUAACGGACGUUCAACAAUUCUCGUAUCAAUCGCAGUUACCAGAUCAAUCGCAAUUACAUCAGCCGGAACCAAACUUGCUGAUGUUAAACAAAGUUACGCCAAUAAAUCAAGGUGGUUUACAGCCGUUAAAUAACAUCGGUACCGCAGGAGCCGCAUGUCUGCUAGACAUGGAUAGUCAGCAAUUCAAUUUUGACUGGAAUUCCGCUGAUCUCGCAGAUUUUGGAGCAAAUCUUUCCGCAAAUUUGUCAACUGGAUUAUCCAUUUCCGAUGCUAUACAGCCUGAAGUAAAUAAUGAAGAUAGAAACGAGCGUAUUUCUUGGUCAAACCAAGACCUACAACUUUCCGCUUUGAAUAAGAUACUCAAAACUAAUAAUCGAGACAACGACAUCUAAGGAUACAACUACUUGUUAUCAAAAGAUAUGAUUUUGCGAUAUAUAUAUAUAUAUAUAUAUAUAUAUAUAUAUAUAUAGUAUAUAUGUAAUAUAUAAAAAUACUGUGUGUGUGUGUGUGUGUGUGUGCGUGCGUGCGUGCGUGCGUGAGAAAGAAAGAGAUGCUAUAGCAUAUCUUAUCCGAAUGAGUCUUGUUGGUAGAAAUGGUUGUUUUUUUAACCAUUACCAGAUUGAUCAUAAACAAUUGUAAUUUAGAAACUCGAGUUUCAGAUGCAGUUUUACACACGUGUUCUCUUCACUUGCUCCAGAAAGAUCAUUUAAAUUAUUUCUUAUAAAGAAAAAAAUUACCUAAAAGCACAUUAUGUUGUAAAAGGACAAACAGAGAGCGCAAUAAGAAGUAUAUUUUCUUGCUUAAUCUAUAUCUUGUUUACACCUAAAUUAAAUUUAUUAUUUCGAGAAAUUUACAGAUUUAUGACAAAGAACAAGAAGAGACACUCUGUUCUAACUAAAUAUUAUUAAUACACAAUUGUUACAUACUCAUUGACGAAUAUUAGUUGAAACAAUAUAUUAUAUAAAUAUUUAGUUGCUUUUGUGAUACAAUUUAUCUGAUAAUUAUACGUAAUCAACAUUAUCUACCCAAGAUAAAUUGUUCGGUCGGUGAUCUGAAACCAACAUUGGUGCGAAGCGUUCGUUCGUUUGCCGACGUUACAGAUCGAGACGUUAUUAAAAGCGGUUUGAUACGAAAUAUUGAUUGUGCGUGAAGUAAUACUCUGACUGUGAUCAAAGUUCAUAACUUGUUUUUCAUACGUAGAUUAUACGAUUCUUUGCGACAAAUAGAGUUACGCGCAGUAACCAGAGGAAAUUUCGUCUUAAUGGGUAAGAGCUCGCGGGCAAUAUUGUAAAUUAUUAGAUUAGAUACACAUUUUUUUUAUGCUUACUGUUAUUGCAUUUUUAUCCUUUGUGCACAGUUACAUUUUUACAAAAUCACAAUCACGGACAAUUUGUACAAUUAUACAUUUGACAUAUCGUUGUCAUAUUUAGGAUUAACAUUUACUCAAAGAGAGCGUAGACGGCGGAAGAGUAUGUUGAAGAGUCAACGUACUCAAAAAUUUUCGGUAAACGUUCUCCGUCCAGAUACUUCAUUUUACAUGUUUUACAGGAGCUUUAAAAGUAACAUGUAAGAGGAAAAGUGCAAUUCUCUAAUCUAACCGAACAAUUUUUAUUAGUAAGUAACAUAGCGAUGACAUUGUUUCGAUGUAAACAUAUAUUUUUACAAUCACCUCAGGUAAUUUAUUAUUAUAACGUGCAGGAAAUGUAAGUAACCUUAUAUCUAAGAACUAUACUUUAUUAUUUUACUAUAUACCUGUAAUGUAAAUAAACAGAAUUGUUAUAAAUAUAAAGAAAGAGUGGUGUUUGGCUUUAACAAUCUCGUAUAAAUUCCAGGAUUUUAUUGCUUUAUACAUAUAUAUGUAUGUCAUACGCGAGUUUUCUUUGAUGAAAAAUAUCAUUGUAGACAUCGGGUGAAAAAUGAAACGCAAUGGAAAAUGAAGAAACAGUAAAAUGAUACAUACACGCAUCGAUCCAACUGUAUGUCGGAUCAUUUUGUAAGCAUUUAAUAUCCUGUUUAGAGAUACAACAAAAGUGCAUAUUUACAGUUACGACUGCGUAUUUACAUAACAUCGAUCGAUAAGUAGCGCUCUCGUACACUUAGCGUGAAAAAGUCGGCAGUGAACGCUUGGGAUUAUCUCAAUGUAAAAAUGUAGCUUACAUAUAUGUAUAUAUAUAUAUACGGCAUACAACUGUCGUAUAAUAUCACUACUUUACAAUCUUUCUCAGGCGGCGUCCCUGAAUUGCACAAAUGUAUUCGCAAGGAUACGACAAUACAUUAUGCAAGUAUAUGUAAUCCACGCGAACGGGGAAGAAAAAAUUCGCUUCACACACAUGUGAAGAAUAAAAAAGCCAUCCGUUGUUGUUUUCCAAAAUGUAUUUACUUAAAAAUACAAUGAAAGUUUCAGUUCUGAUGGAAUGGGCAGAAAUAUAUAGUCUGUGGUGUGUCGGUUACUUGCUUAUACGUUGAGAGAGAUGAUGCAAAUGGUAUCCUGUACAAAAGUAGCUUGAACAAGACUUAUGAACACACAAACCAAAUUCUUAGCCUAGGAUUUUUCGUUUACGUCAAAAUCGUGUGACACACUCACACGUGUCAUUUGCCGGAUUUAAUGUCUUAAAACUUCUUUUUAUGCUUACCUAACAAACGUAGGGGUGUAACGGUACGUGUGGGCGAUCAGCCUGAUUGAGUGUAAGACCCGUUAGCACCAGUAAGUGAAUUUUGCGAAUCGCAU